UCUUUGAAUAAGUUCUGUAGAACAUUCUCUUAGUCUGUAAAUUAAGGCUCUGUAUUAGCAAAAUGAGCGUCGUGCGUCUCUCUAUAUUUUUCAGCUUUAUCCUGGUGCUGGUGUACUUUACACGUAACACAUUUGGAUUAAAAAGAGGUGGGAAACCAUCUGUGAGUGAGAUCAGCAAGAGAAGUGGUUCGACAACAGCUUUGUAUUAUGUAGAUGUGACAACUGCUGAUGAUGAGUGGGGAACAGGAACCGAUGCAGAUGUUCUUAUUCAAAUCUUUGGAGUCAAAGGAAACACAUCAGCUGUUGAACUAACCAAGUCAGGCAACCUGUUUGAAAGCGGAAACACUGAUAGAUUCAUUUUGUUGGAAAAGGCCGUUGGUUCUCUGACAAAAAUUGGUAUCAGAAGGAAUGAAAAAGGACUGUUUGACAGCUGGAAACUAGCGCUGGUCACUGUUCAGCCCGCUGGAUCACUUGUUUACAAGUUUGCUUUUAACGAGUGGAUACUUCCCAAUGAAUGGGUGUACAGCUAUGGUGGACAUAUGCAUCGCAAGGCUUUAUAGCUUGGUUGAUUUUGGAAACCACAAGGAUGCAUGGACUUUCAUUUUUCAUCAUUGUAAUUGCUAACUACAGACUAAUUGUAUUAGUUCCCGUUUGAUUUUAAUGGGAUUAAAAAAU